AUGCGUGCAACUGUAGAAAAACAACGCAGUUUCCACAUACUGGGUUCACUUAGACUAGCUGCCUGCAACUUAUUUGUUACACUGUCGUCGUUGCCGAGUGGUCGACAGUCUUUAUUAGAUCUGUGUGGAUCUGGUCCAAUCUUAACUGGAUUAGCUAGUUGUUUGUCAGCAUCAGUCUCUUCAUCUCAAGGGAAUACUUCUCCAUCUCCUGUAUAUGCAUCAAGUUUGGCAGAUGCAGCACGUGGAUUAAUUGCUCGUGUAUCCUCUGGAGGUGGUAAUAAUUCAGUCCAUACAGUAAAUAAUAAUAAUAAUAAUGUUGACCCGUUGAAAUGUAAUUCUGCUUCAUCUGCAAUGUCUGUUGUUUGUGCUGCUAAAGCUGCACAGAUAUUAGAAUAUUUAACUGAGAGUUCAAGAUUUUUGGAAAGUAAAAGGUUAGACACCAAAAGAAACGCAGCAAUUCUAGUGGGUAAAUUGGCUCAAUCAAGUCAAGUACACCGUGAUGAAUUAUCACGUUUAGAUGGUUACAGUGUACUGACACCUUUCAAUUCAUGGACUGCAACAUUGGAACGUUGUUAG